GCGAGUAACCCGAGAUUGCGGGCUCCGGCCGGCAGAGGGCGCUGUGCAGAGCGGUGUCCCUGUAAUCCGCUCUCUCCCGCCGGCUGCUGAUCUCGGAGACCCCGCGUCACCACAACAAGCGCCCCGGAUCAGCGUGCUCUCCGAGUUCCCGGUGUCGCCGCCGGCCCGAUCCCAGCAGCACAUCCCCGGGCACCCCGGGACCGAGCACCGCAGCCAUGCCGCGCAUCAUGAUAAAGGGCGGGGUGUGGCGGAACACAGAGGAUGAAAUUCUCAAAGCGGCGGUUAUGAAAUAUGGCAAAAACCAAUGGUCUCGUAUUGCUUCCUUGCUGCACAGGAAAUCUGCCAAGCAGUGCAAAGCCCGAUGGUACGAAUGGCUGGACCCAAGUAUUAAAAAGACAGAGUGGUCUCGUGAAGAGGAAGAGAAGCUUCUGCAUCUGGCCAAGCUCAUGCCAACUCAGUGGAGAACAAUCGCCCCCAUCAUCGGCCGGACAGCCGCCCAGUGUCUGGAGCACUACGAGUUCUUACUAGAUAAGGCUGCUCAGAGAGACAAUGAGGAAGAGACAACAGAGGACCCCCGAAAACUUAAGCCUGGCGAAAUUGACCCGAAUCCAGAGACCAAACCUGCCAGACCAGACCCCGUGGACAUGGAUGAAGAUGAGCUUGAGAUGCUGUCUGAAGCCAGAGCGCGUCUUGCUAAUACUCAGGGGAAAAAGGCAAAGAGGAAAGCGAGAGAGAAGCAGCUUGAGGAAGCCAGGCGUUUGGCAGCUCUUCAGAAGCGGCGGGAGCUCCGAGCCGCAGGGAUCGAGAUACAGAAGAAGAGGAAGAAGAAGCGGGGCGUAGAUUACAACGCUGAGAUUCCGUUUGAGAAGAAGCCAGCUCCGGGGUUUUAUGAUACCUCGGAGGAGAACCACGAUGCUCUGAAUGCAGACUUCCGAAAACUACGACAGCAAGACCUGGAGGGAGAGCUGAGAUCGGAAAAAGAAGCAAAAGAGCGAAAGAAAGACAAGCAGAACAUAAAAAGGAAAAAGGAUUCUGACCUGCCAUCAGCCAUCCUCCAGACAACUGGCGGGGUGUCAGAACUGACUAAGAAGAGAAGCAAACUGGUCCUACCCUCCCCCCAGAUUUCUGACGCAGAACUGGAGGAAGUGGUGAAGAUUGGACAAGCCAGUGAGAUUGCCCGGCAGACGGCAGAGGAAUCGGGGAUAACCAAUUCUGCGUCCAGCACGCUGCUGUCUGAAUACAAUGUGGCUAACAACAGCAUCGCCUUGAGGACGCCCAAAACUCCAGCAGCCCAGGACCGCAUACUGCAGGAAGCACAGAACUUGAUGGCACUUACUAAUGUGGAUACCCCUUUGAAAGGUGGACUCAACACUCCCUUGCAUGAGAGUGACUUCUCUGGGGUGACUCCACAGAGACAAGUGGUCCAGACACCGAACACUGUCCUCUCCACUCCAUUCAGAACACCCUCUCAGAGCUCGGAAGGAUUAACCCCUCAUGGUGGCAUGACCCCUAAACCAGUUAUCGCAGCCACACCAGGCAGGACGCCACUGCGAGAUAAGUUGAACAUCAACCCGGAGGAUGGAUCUGUAGAUUACAAUGACCCAGCUUACAUGAAACAAUUGGAAAGAGAGUCCCGGGAGCAGCUACGCCUUGGGUUAAUGUCUCUGCCGACUCCGAAAAACGACUUUGAGAUCGUCCUGCCAGAAAAUGCGGAGAGAGAGCUCGAGGAGCGAGACCACGAAGACACUUUUAUUGAAGAUGCCGCUGAUGUGGAGUCUCGCAAACAGGCAAUUAGAGAUGAUCAGCGGGCUCGGGAGCUGAAGCAGAGACACACAGCGGUGCAGAAGGCCUUGCCGAGACCCUCAGAAGUGAAUGAGACCAUAUUGAGGCCGUUGAACGUGGAGCCACCGCUCACAGAUCUGCAGAAAAGUGAAGAGAUGGUGAAGAAGGAAAUUAUCACUAUGCUUCACUACGACUCGCUCCAUAAUCCAUACGGCGACGGAGCUGGGAGUAAGAAGGGCAAAGUGCCCGGCUUGGCAUCCACCAAUACGGAACACGUGGCAUAUUUAGAGCAGACUCCAUAUGACAAGUUUUCCAAAGAAGAGCUAAAACAUGCUGAGGAUCUCCUCCAGCAAGAGAUGGAAGUAGUGAAGCAAGGUAUGGGCCACGGAGACCUGUCCAUUGAUGCCUACAACCAGGUGUGGGAGGAGUGUUACAGUCAGGUGCUGUACCUACCUGGACAGGGACGCUACACCCGGGCUAACCUGGCCAGCAAGAAGGACAGAAUAGAUUCCCUUGAGAAAAGACUAGAGAUUAAUAGGGGUCACAUGACCGCAGAGGCCAAAAGGGCGGCAAAGAUGGAGAAAAAACUGAAGAUUCUGAUGGGCGGCUAUCAGUCGCGGACGAUGGGACUUAUUAAACAACUGAACGAGAUAUGGGAUCAAUUUGAGCAAGCCAACCUGGAGCUGCGGACAUUUGAGGAGCUGAAGAAACACGAGGAUAUUGCCAUCCCCAGGAGAAUAGAGUCUCUCAAAGAAGACGUCCAGCGCCAGGAGGAAAGAGAACGGGAGCUGCAGCAGAGAUUUGCAGAGCUGCUGCUUGAGAAGGAAGGCUCCGUAUCUAAAUACUGACAGCGUCACAUUCGUCCGUCCCAUUGUCCACGUUUUGAAUGUGCGCUCCCUGCCGCCUACGACAACUACAGAUUGAAGCCUAAGCCCUCUGCAGCAACGUGUACCCGCUGUGUCCCUUCUGUCGUGUGCAGAGAACCGUGCUUUAAACUCUCGUAAAGUCCAUUUUAUUUGCAAUAAAUAGAUCAGACAUAUCUGGUUUUAAAGACUCUCGCUGGAAUGAUUAAAACAAUGAACAUAUAUUUUUAUUUUGUGAUACCAAGAGCUACUCUCUUGUUUCCCCUCCUUCAUCCCACGCUCAUAAAUCUAUGUAGCGCUGUAAAGUGAUACAUCUCAUCGUGUCGCGCUGUCAGUGGGCUGUCUCGUAUACUUUUAUUAGCUGUAUAUUUGUUGCUUUUUACCGAUCUUGAAGAUUCAUUCAUUCCAUGGAAUGUGCAUAGGGGGCAGUACUGCAUUGUUCUUUCAUCGACGAGGUUUCCGUUGCCUGCAGAUUAUUGAUGUACAAUAAAUGACUGUAAAAUA